GGACCGUCUUGGCUACCAGUCUACUACUAGUACGUUGUAUCCAAAUGAGGGGUAUUCGGUCUCCGCAUCCAACACAGCUGUUCUCCUCCCUCUCUCCUCACCACGAAUGUUUCAGAGCAAACUCAUUCUACCCGACACCAUGCCUGAACCUCAAUUCCAAAUAAGCCCUCUAGAUAUAUCAGCCGACCUCGCCGGCGUAACCUCCGUCUGGAAUGCCUCUCUCCCAGACUACCCACUCCCCGCAUCAAGCCUCCAGAAGCUCAUUCCAAAGCCGACAGCGCACCAUCUUGUCGCGCGAACAAGCUCACACUCACCAACAACAUCAGGAGGCAAAAUUAUCGGCUUCGUUUUAACCUACCAAUCACCAACCCACCACAGCGGCCCAUCCGGCUACCUCGCCGUCCUCGCCGUGCACCCGAAACACCACAACAAGGGCAUUGGAACGGCGCUCAUCUCCGAUAUAUUGACCUUUUACAGAGCAAAGUACACACCAUGCAACGUGAUCCUGGGCAGUUCGUUCCCGAGGUUCUGGCCUGGUGUUCCGAGGGAUCUACCAGAUGGGGUAGUUAAUUUUUUUGCGAAGAGGGGGUUUCGGUUUCGCGAUCCGGGGAUGAGGUCCGUUGAUUUGUUUCGGGUGAUUAAGGGGUUUGACAUUGAGCGGGAGGCGAACGUCAGUAGGUAUGUUGAGAGGGCUAGGGAGGGUGGGUUUACGUUUGGGGUUCUGCGUGAGGAUGGGUUUGAGGAGUGUAUCGAGGGACAGAGGAGGAACUUUGCGGAUAAUGCUGCCUGGGUCGAAAUGUUCGAGACGCUGGAUCCCAAUACCCACCCAUCAAGCAUAAUGGUCGCCUAUGCUCCAGGCGGGAAACAAAUCGGAUGGACACUCAUGCUCUCACCCUCUUCACCUAUCUUACAGGAAAACUGGGCUCUCCCGCCUCUCUGCGGUCCCGAUACUGGCCUGAUUGGCUGCGUUGGAAUCGAUCAGGAUGCGCGCGGGACGGGAAUCGGCCUUGCGCUUGUGAGCCAUGCAAUGGAGGAUAUGAGAAAUAGGGGGAUUCGCGGGGUGUUCGUAGACUGGGUUGCUAUGGAAGGGUACUAUGAGAAGCUGGGGUUUGAGGUUUGGAGGGGAUAUCGAGUUGCGGGGGUAUCAUGAAUUGUUGGGCAUUUUGGUAUCAUCCCGAGAUCCGCAUAGAUCCAAGCCUUCUCUACUUAGAGUAAUAGUGAAAUGCUGCCAUAAUUCGGGUUUGAUUUACUGGGUUGUUCUCGAUCAUUGUAUAGUUUGUUUGGCAAGGCCAAGUUUCAGACCCUGAUCUCGGAGACUUGAUGAAAGGUUUCGAGAUGAAUUAUAUAGUUCAACC